UGUGUGUGCGUGUUUAUAUGAGAGUCGAAGUGGUAUGACGAAGGGAAGUGGCUAAAGUUGACUUCCCUCAAAAGAAAAGGCUGUGAAUAAUGUAUUAGCCAUGGAUAUCAACACAUAGAUCUACUAGUAGUCUGCAUGAACGAUACUAAUACUUCUAGACCUAUACGCUCGAUUUGGUUACUAUAGCAUUGUUUACAUCUUGGAGGACAUGGACAUUUUAACAUUGUUUUAUUUCAAGGAUAAUGUUUUUAAGGAGAAAAAACACGGACCAUAAAUUCAAGUGGUGGUAGGGCAUACACUUGACAUAUAUUGUCAGAGAAAACAUAAAGAAACAAGAGAACUGAAGAAAUAAGAGAAUUAUUUUGUAAAUGCCAAAGUCAAAGUUUGUUUUGAAGCCUGUGGUAGCACCAAUAUCAGACACGCAGAAUGGGGAGUGCGACGGUGCUGCAGAUUCUCAAAUCGUUAAAGAUGUGCCUUUGCCUGACGAUGGUUUGGUGACAGAGCUAGAUGAGAAUGCUGUGGAGUUAAAGCGGGACCUUGGUCUUGGAGGAGGAAUCUCAUUCAUUGUAGGAUGCAUUGUGGGUUCAGGUAUAUUCGUAUCGCCAAAAGGUGUUCUAGAUGGAACUGGAUCAGUCGGACUAAGUCUUGUAGUUUGGGCAGGCAGUGGUCUCAUUUCUUUGAUGGGGUCUCUGUGUUACUGUGAACUGGGAACAAUGAUUCCCAAGUCAGGGGCGGAGUACUCUUACCUGCGGAAGGCUUAUGGUGAUUACUUGGGCUUUUUAUACGUCUGGGUGGCAAUCAUCCUGAUGAGGCCCGCCUCCUUGGCCAUCAUGUCUUUGACUUUUGGCACCUACUUUUCUACGUUGUUUGAAAUCUGUGGACCACCGGAACUUCCGGCCAAAAUUGCUGCUAUAGUCUGCCUCCUUACUAUCAUGUUGUUAAACUGCUACAGUACACAACUCUCUGCACGAGUUCAAGUGAUCACAACUAUUGCCAAGGUGUCCGCUCUAUUUGUUAUCAUUAUAGGCGGACUCUAUAGAAUAGGUGUUGGUCAUACCGAGGUUGUGUCCACUGGUUUUGAUGGCUCAGCAUCAGACCCAUCCACUAUUGCUUUGUCUUUCUAUGACGCUCUCUGGGCGUACGACGGUUGGAAUAACUUAAAUUUUGUUACAGAGGAACUGAAAAACCCAUCCAAAAAUUUGCCCAGAGCAAACAUUAUCAGUAUACUUAUUGUUAUCAUCAUCUACUGUCUCACUAACAUCGGUUAUCUGACAGCGAUGACAAAGUCAGAGUUGUUGGCGUCUGAUGCUGUAGCUGUGCUGUGGGGUGACCGAGUGUUAAUGGCAGCUUCCAUAAUCAUGCCUUUGUCUGUGAUGGUUUCAACACUAGGCUCAACCAACGCCACGGCAUUCUCUGGUGGAAGGUCGACAUUUGCAGCAGCUCGAGAUGGUAAUUUCCCUGAAGUUCUGAGCUUUAUCCAUGUGAAACAACUCACACCAUUGACUUCUAUGGUUUUUACACUUCUGAUUGGUAUAAUCUUUGUUUUAGUUGGUGACAUUGCAAGUCUUAUAGAUUUCUUCAGUUUUGCAGCUUGGGUCUUCUAUGGACUAACAUUUUCUACAGUCAUAUUUUUUCGCUGGAAAAGACCUAAUGACGAUCGACCAUACAGGGUGCCAAUAUUUAUCCCAGUCAUUAUGGUCCUCAUUUCCAUAUAUCUGAUUAUUGCACCAAUUAUUCAAGACCCUAGAAUAGAGUUCCUUUAUGCUGCAAUAUUUAUUGUAGGAGGAACAGUUUUUUAUGUUCCUUUUGUGCAUUUUAAACUUCAGAUUCCAGGCUUUGAUUAUUUCUCAACUUUCUUGCAGCUGGUAUUUGAAGUUGUGCCUCCCAGUAAAUAUGUUGACUGAUUCUUUCUUGAUAUAUUUAUUUAUAUGUUUAGAAAUGUAAAUAAAGUUUCAUACCAAAUACAUUUA